AUGGAUGCAAUUCAGACAGAAACCCUCCUGUCACUCUCAAAUUCUGUCAAGCUGCUGAUACAAAAGAUUGUUUCUAUAGACAACUUCCAGAACACGAAGCUUGAUGUUUCACUCUUGACAAACCUGAAGAGAACGCUGGUGGAUCUUGAAGAUGUACUUUACUAUGCUAACAACAAACUCAUCCCUACUCAAGCUAACAACAAAUCGCUGAAUUUCUUGACGCGUGCUGUUUUUCAAGUUGCCAAUUUGCUUGACGAAAGCCAUUCUUUACGGUAUGAUGAUAACCAGAACAAAACUCAUUCUCGUUUAACUUUUUUCAUUGCACUGAUUAAGUCUAAAACGGGAGAUUUAAUUCAAAUAUUACACGGCUUAAGCUCAAGAAAACAACUUGGUUAUGAAUCUACUAUAUAUGGAAGAGACACUGAUAUUGAUAAACUUAAGCAUCUUUUGUUGUCUAGUAGUAGUGAUGGUGAUACUAAAACAAGAGUCAUUUCUAUUGUCGGUAUGGGAGGGAUUGGUAAAACAACUCUCGCCCAACACCUUUACAAUCAUCCUCAAGUUAAUGACAAAUUUGAGUUAAAAGUAUGGGCAGAUUUCUCAAAUGAUGAUGAUGAUUUCAGUGUUUUUGAAAACGUUCUUGAAUCUAUUACUUCACAAACAACCACUAAUGAUGCAACUGAAAUCAGAACCUUUUACCCAAACUUUUUACUGGUAUUGGAUGGUGUGUGGGAUGCGAGAUUUGUCAAUUGGACAUUACUCACGGAUAUCUUUAAUGCUGGAGAAACAGGAAGUAGGAUCAUCGUCACAACACGAGAUGAAAGAAUUGCAAUAUCCAUGCAAACCUUUCUUUCUGUCCACUAUCUGACACCUUUGAAAGUUGAAGAUUGCUGGUCUUUACUUGCCGAACACGCAUUUGGAGAACAUUACUACCACCAACAAUCCUAUCUAGAAGGAAUUGGCGCAUUUAAAAAAGAAAUACAUGAAGAAAUUGGAAGAAAAAUUGCAAGAAAGUGUGAUGGAUUACCAUUAGCUGCUAUAGAAUAUGGGGCUCUUCUUCGCAUCUCACUGAACCCAUAUGAUUGGAAUUAUGUGCUAGAAAGUCGCAUUCAGGAAACAGCUUUUGAGGUGUUAGCUUCUCUCAAAUUAAGCUACAAUUUCCUUUCCGGUCCUUUAAAAAGGUGUUUUCAAUAUUGUUCAAUUUUUCCGAAAAAGUCCAUCUUAGAAAAAAAGAUGGUAGUUCAGUUGUGGAUUGCAGCUGACUUACUAGAAUCAUCGUCUACAUAUCAAGAAAAAGUUGGAGAAGAAUACUUUGAUGAACUAGUGUCAAGGUCAAUGAUACAUCGACGAUCUAUUGGUGAUGAGGAAAGAAACUUUGGAAUGAACAACUUCAUCCAUGAUUUAGCUAUAGAGGUUGCCCCUCCAACGGUUUUUUCUCCAUGCUGUAUCGAAAUGGACCAACAUAACCUAGAGUAUAGAAUGCGUAAUUUCUCAUACAAUAGAGGGACAUAUGAUUCAUAUGACAAAUUUGAUAAAUUACACGGAGGAAAAGGUCUGCGUACCUUUCUAGCAUUCCCAUUACAAGAACAAUUGCCUCUUGGUUUGCUAUCAAACAAGGUAGUGCAUGACUUGCUGCCAACAAUGAAACUAUUACGCAUAUUGUCACUGUCAAGCUACAAGAGUAUCACCAAGGUUCCCUACUCUAUUGGAAAUUUGGUAUACAUGCGAUACUUAAAUCUUUCUCACACUAAUAUUGAAAGGCUUCCUUCUGUAACAUGCAAGCUUUACUAUCUGCAGUUCUUGUUGUUGGCAGGCUGUAAAAGGUUUACCGAAUUGCCGAAGGACAUGGGAAAAUUGAUUAAAUUGCGCCACCUUGACAUUAGUAACACCGCAUUGAGGGAAUUGCCGGAGGACAUGGGAAAAUUGAUCAAUCUAACCCACCUUGACAUUAGUAACACCGCAUUGAGGGAGAUGCCAGUACAAAUAGCCAAACUAGAAAAUCUCCACACUUUGUCUGACUUUGUUGUCAGCAAACAUAAUGGUGGAUUGAAUAUUGCAGAUCUAGGAAAACUGGACUUACAUGGAAAACUUUCAAUCUCACAGCUACAAAAUGUUAAUGACCCUUUUGAAGUAGUUCGAGCCAAUAUAAAGAUGAAAGAAAAAAUAGACGAGCUAUCUUUGGAAUGGGAUUGUGGUAGUGCUUUUCAAGAUUCACAAAUUAAAAGUGUUGUACUUGAAAAGUUGCAACCUUCAACGAAUUUGAAAAGUCUCACCAUCAAAGGCUAUGGUGGAAUCAGCUUCCCAAAUUGGUUAGGGGAUUCUUUAUUUAGCAACAUGGUGCAUUUAAGGAUCUCGAAUUGUAAUGAUUGUUUAUGGCUUCCAUCCCUUGGCAAAUUGGGUAAUUUGAAAGAGCUCAUUAUUGAAGGGAUGCAAUCAGUGGAGACAAUUGGUAUUGAGUUCUAUGGAAGUGGUGGUUCUUCAUUUCAACCAUUUCCUUCUUUGGAGAGUCUACACUUUGAGAAUAUGCAAGAGUGGAAGGAAUGGGACUUGAUUGGACGUACGACUACAACGUUUCCUAAUCUAAAAACUUUAUCCCUAAGAAAGUGCCCGAAACUGAUAGCCGGAAACAUAACUGAAAAAUUUCCUUUCUUAACUGAACUUGAGUUAAGAGAAUGUCCUUUAUUGGUGCAAUCAAUUCCAUUAUCUGAUCAUGUAUUUGGGCAACUGAUGUUCCCUCUGAAUUCUCUUCAACAGCUGACCAUAGACGGUUUUCCAUCUCUAAUGUCGUUCCCAACAGACGGUCUAGCAAAAACCUUGAAACUUCUCAUAAUCAGUAACUGUGAGAAUCUAGAAUUCCUUCCUCACGAUAACUUGCAUAAUUAUACAUCACUUGAGGAAUUGAAAAUAUCUUAUAGCUGUAAUUCAAUGAUAUCAUUUACCUUAGACACUCUCCCUGUCCUCAAGAGUCUGUUUAUUGAAGGUUGUAUGAAUUUGAAAUCGAUAUUAAUUGGAGAAGACGAGUCGGAAAAGAGUCUCUCAUUUCUUAGAAGCAUCAAAAUAUGGGAUUGUAAUGAACUAGAGUCAUUUCCCUUAGGUGAAUUGGCAACUCCAAACCUUGUUUAUAUUGCACUGUGGAAGUGUGAGAAGCUUCAUUCACUGCCAGAAGCAAUGAACAGUCUAUCUGGCCUUCGUUAA